CGAAAUUCAUAGUGCUAGGAAGGUAACCGCGAGUUCCGUGCCCGUUUUCCACUGCAAAGCCCUCGUCAUCUUUUCCUGGUCACAUUGUCCAGGUUUCCGCGCUCGUAAAGGGUUAUAGCCGCCUUCUAGAAUACUAGAUUGUACAACAUCAUUAGCCUGCAAAUUGGGCUGGGCUAGCAACGCGCAACGACGAGCGCUGAUGGUCAACAGAACAACUGGCCAGUGGUCAAAGGAACUUAAUGAAAGAAUGGUUCAAAUGAACGGUAGCUUAGACGCCACCUACGGCUACAAUAACAACCGACAUGAGGAGCAGCAGCAGCAACAUGAGCAUCAUCGCCACCAUUCUACGAAUAGUACCAAGGUGCUGGCGGCAGCGGCCGGCAAUGCAACAGCAUCAGCCGACCUUGCGAAGAGUGGGAAAGCAUUGACCGACGACGAUCGAUCCGCUCGACAAUCGCUCAUUCUGUUGCUGGCAAUCUUCUGUACUAGUUUGUUCGCGAUGCUGUAUGUAUAUGCCAUGUUUCCACAGCUAAAUGAGUCAGAGAAGCAGUUCAUCAAAGUGCCAUUUGAUAUUGAAGAUGCUAAACAGCUCGGUCGGGUGCUAGAUCGAUACAAGGAUCUCUACUACCUCGAAGUGAUGUCCGGCAUCAUACUGGUGUACAUAUUUCUCCAAACGUUUGCCAUACCGGGCUCACUGUUCCUUUCCAUACUGAGCGGAUUCCUGUACAGCUUCCCGGUCGCGCUCACGCUCGUCUGCUUCUGCUCGGCCCUUGGAGCCACGCUGUGCUAUCUGUUGUCGCAGCUAGUUGGACGGCGGCUGGUCAAGUUUUACUUUCCCGAGCGAGCACGUCUCUGGGCGGCGCAGGUCGACCACCACCGGGCAGAUUUGCUAAGCUAUAUGCUGUUCCUGCGCAUGACCCCGUUCCUGCCGAACUGGUUCAUUAACCUGGUCGCCCCGGUCAUCGGUGUACCGCUAUUUCCUUUUGCCCUCGGCACCUUUCUCGGCGUGGCCCCGCCGUCCUUCAUUGCGAUACAGGCAGGCAAAACACUCUACAAGAUGACCAGCUCGAGCGAUGCAUUUAGCUGGGGCUCGAUUGCCCUGUUGGCUGUCUUUUCCGUCGUCGCGCUCGUGCCUGUGAUUUUUAAACGCUACUUCAAGACGAAAAUUGAUUAAGCAUGCACGCUCUCGAUUUGGCCUGUGCUCUGCUAUGGCAAGCUAACAACUCGAAGCAAAGCGACCUUGAAGAAGCAUGUAAAUAAAUCGCCGACAUCAUUUGCUCAAGGAGCCAAACAGCAGCAGCAGCAGCAGCUACAUUAACGAUUUUCCUUUCGGGGCGCUCGAACAGGACGCUCCCCACUAGCCUAAUAAUCUAGCCAAAGAAGACACACUGAGGGGUUAUAGUCGUAACAUUAAUGAGUAUCGUAAUAUUAGUCAGUAUCUAGUAACUAUUCGGGAGUAGCUCAUACGUUUUUGAAAAGCAGACCGUACGAACAGAUAGCGUCGCGUUGUCCAAACAGCAGUCAUAUAUGUAAUGUGCUGAUUUUUUUUUUAAUUGUCUCUUGGAUUGUGAAUUGUUUGCUUGGAUUGUGAGGUUCUUUAUUUCGAAAUUAGCUUGAUUAACUUGUAAUGACAAUGAUUUUGUAUCAAUUUACUCACAUGCCGUAGCUGCAAGAAGUAGUGUCACCUAGCGAUUACAAUCAAUGGACGCGGUAGAAACGAUCGCUGCAUUUGGCAUAAAAAUUCAUUGUUCACUAUAAAAUGUCCGAUAUUCAUAAUACUGGUCUGCUCGAGCCGAUUAUGAAAUUUAACGGUCUUCUCAUUGGUGAUCCUAUGGGCCAUAACAUAUUCAAAAUACCAUUGGACUAUGGAAAGUGUGAUUACGAAUUCACCAAAACUAUUACUAUAAAAAAGAGGUUCACCCGUUGCAGUACAGAAGUGUGAUGCUAUUUGAAUAGCUAGUUCGAUUAAACGAAGAAAUGACUAAGAAUUCGAGACACCACGCACAAGGCUCAACGUUAACUAUAAAAGGCGAUUACAGAAGAAAAUAGUUCAAUAUGCAACACAAUUAACAAAAAGAAAGCGUUCUGUAAUACAAGCAAAGGUACUUGCGUGUUUUGCUUGUAAACAAUUGAAUAAGGGAUACCUCUAGCGUAACCACCAAUGGAAGGUCAAUAGCAAUAGCAGAAGCUAAAAAAAUACAUUAGGACCGUAUAUGAGCUGUAGAUAAUUGUUUAGCGCUGCCUAUAGAUUGCCUUAGAAUAAGCCGUAAGACCUUUUUAACAACAGCGGAACAUAAAAUCAUUUCAUUUAUACGGAAGUUUAAUUAGUCUGCAAUUGAAGUAUAUUUUGUUAUCGUGAAAAGCAGAAACUGCAACGAAACUCAUCAAAAGUCAUUAGUUACCGAGGGCGCAGAAUACGUCGAUGGAAAAAUUGGCACACCUAGGUUUUUUUUAAACUAUCAGAACACGAUAGGCUCACAUCUUUUGUUUGAAACCACCUUUUACCGUUCAAGCAACUUGUGUCACAGGGUAUCACGUAUACGGUAGUUUUCGUUUUUAUUAGGGCUUCUUUGGGUAAUGCGGCAUGCCCUCCUAGCACGGUAUAUACAUAUUUUCCGACAUUGGGCCAGCAAGUCCAGGUUCCACCAAGUAAAAGAAGGAUAAUAAAAGAAGAUACGCAAAUUUUUUU